CUCACAGUCACACACACACCUGCCCCGCUGCCUCUCUGUGUGUAGAUUUGCUUGGAGCAGAUGGUCCAAAAUGACCUUCUCUGGGUGGAUUCUGGCUCUCUGUCUUGUGGCUCUUGAAGGCGAAAGGCAUGCAGCACAUGCCGAGGAAGGAGCAAGCAGUGAAAGGAACUGCUCUUCAGUGCCUCCGUAUCUCCCUCCAACAGCUGUUAACACAACUUUGAGAUUACUUCAGCUGAGAGCAGCCAUGAAACCCCACAAUAUCUCUGCCUACAUCAUACCUGGAACAGAUGCACACCUGAGUGAAUACAUUGCCCCUUAUGAUGCCAGGUUGGCCUGGAUGUCUGGCUUCUCUGGCUCUGCAGGUACGGCAGUUGUGACCCAGGAUAAAGCAGUCUUAUGGACUGACAGUCGCUACUGGGUUCAAGCAGAGCGCCAGAUGGACUGCAAUUGGGAACUGGAACGAGAUGUCUCUGUCUCCAGCAUCACCAACUGGCUUAUCAAAGAAACAAAGGAGGGAGACGAGGUGGGCUUUGAUCCAUUCCUCUUCUCAGUAGACACAUUUGCUGCCUACAAAACCAAGCUGGCUCCAGCUAAACGGGUCCUUACAUCUAUCCCUGAUAACCUGGUGGAUGAAAUAUGGUCCGAGCGACCGCCUCUCCCUCCUGAUAGCCUCACUCGCUUACCAGACGAAUUCAUCGAAAGGACCUGGCAAAAUAAGGUGGACCAGAUACGAGGCCAGAUGAUGGACAACCCUUACAAGCCCACUGCUCUCCUGCUGUCAGCUUUGGAUGAAACAGCAUGGCUCUUUAACCUGCGUGGUAAUGACAUCCCCUUCAACCCAUUCUUUUACUCCUACACUCUGCUGACAUUUGAUAAGAUAUGGCUCUUUGUGCACACUGAGAGAGUGACGGAAGAGCUGAAGGUGUACCUGAACUCUUCCUGCGACACUUUACACUGUGUGCAGCUGCUUAAUUAUGACUCUGUUCGCGAACAUCUGAUGAAGUACCUGGAGGAGCCUGGUGUAAGGGUGUGGGUGGGCACAGAGUACACUAACCAAGCCCUGUAUGAGCUCAUCACUCCAGAGGGGAAACUCCUGCAAAGCACUUACUCUCCAGUGCUGACCACUAAAGCUGUUAAGGUCGAUACAGAGCAGAGGAUCCUUAGAGAAGCUCACAUAAGGGAUGCAGUAGCGGUCAUGCAGCUCCUACUUCACCUGGAAAGAGCUGUGCCUGAGGGCAUGGAGACAGAGCUCACUGCGGCAGAAUUUGUCAAUGAGUGUCGCAGCAAACAAAAAUACAGCAGGGGUCCGAGCUUUGAGACCAUUUCUGCAAGUGGACCUAAUGCUGCUCUUGCUCAUUACAGCCCAUCUAAAGAAACUGCCAGACAGCUGAGAGUGGAUGAGAUGUAUCUUGUUGACUCAGGAGGACAGUACCUUGAUGGUACAACCGACAUUACCCGCACUGUGCACUGGGGUAAACCCACUGCCCUUCAGAAGGAUGCCUUCACAAGGGUGCUGAAGGGAAACAUUGAAAUUUCAAGGACCAUCUUUCCAGCAGGGACCAAAGGUGUCAACAUCGAGAUGCUUGGCCGCAGAGCACUGUGGGAAGUUGGCCUGAAUUACGGUCAUGGUACAGGUCAUGGUGUGGGAAACUACUUUGGUGUUCACGAAUGGCCUGUUGGCUUUCAGUCCAAUAAUAUUCCAUUUCAAGAAGGCAUGUUCACAUCCAUUGAACCUGGUUACUAUAAGGAGAAUGAUUUUGGAAUAAGAAUUGAGGAUAUUGCUCUCGCUAGGUCAAUUAAAACAGAACAUGGUAAUAAUUACCUGACGUUUGAAACUGUGUCACUGGUCCCGUAUGACAGAAAGCUGAUUAACACUACAAUUCUCAGCCUUGAACAGCUUGUGUGGCUAGACUCAUACUACCGUGUCAUCCGGGAGAAAGUGGGUCCAGAACUGAAGAGUCAGGGCCUGACGGAGGUGUAUGAUUGGAUGAUAGAGAAUACACAGCCCUUCUUAACAGAUGGAGCAUCCGCUGUCGUCGCCUCCAUGUCGCCGCUGCUUCUGCUUCUGCUUUUGCCCUUGGCCCUACUGUAAAACCUUCCGAGAGCAGAACUUCUGCACCUACACCAAAGCACUCCUCAAAGCCUGUCCAAAAAACAACCACCACCACUCCAGGCCUGCUGUGGAAGGUAUACAGCUUGAGUGGUGAACAAGCUAUCUGAAGCAGUAAGCAAACAUCUUAAUUGAAACAAUGAGCAAACAGCUUGAUGGAAAAAAUAAAGAGGUCUGUGGCUCUCCUAAACUCCAAACCAUGUUGAGCAUCAAUAUCAUAAUCAGUUCAUUCUCCCAAACACAGAUUAUGAGUUACAAACAAUAUACAAAUGCAUUCUUAAAAAUAAGCCACCAAAAGGGUUCUUUAGAAUAAUAAAAGAUCCGUCUUGUGUUCCCUAAAGAAACUUUCAGUGGGUGAAAUACUGUGUUUUUCUGACUUUAAGCUGUCGCAUUUAGAGGUAUUUCUCUGUAUUUAGUGAAAUAACAGAAAACCUGUUGACUCAGAAUACACUGAUAAUAGAAUUGACAGAUGCUGAAGAAAGUACCUGAUAGCUUCCAUUAUAAGUGUGUUUUGAAUCACCAGAUUUUCUGUUCAUAAUUAUUUUCUGUGGACCCCAAGAGCUGUGGCAAUACUAAAAAUGUUUACUGACCUUUACUAAACCCUAACCAGAGAUGACAUUAGAUUUUUAUUAAUGUUAUAAAUAAAUACAUGUAUACAAAAUUGUGGGCACCCAUGGUCAAGUUAGAUGUUUUGGUGUUCAUCUAGGUAAAAUAAGUGAACUCAUCCUCUACAGAGAACACAAUUCUGCACAUUUAAAACCACAAUUACAGGCUUAUUUGCUAAAUAUGACAUAUUAGGCAAAAAAACCAAAAUGUGGCCUGUGAAAAUGUUAUGACACAUUUACAUUCUAUGUUUUAUUUUUUUAAUAUGUUAAACGUCUCAAAAAGACAAAAAAUAGAGAAACGAAAAAUAGAAAUAGAGCACCAGAAAUAGAAGGUUCCCUGUAGAGAAUGUGGCUUAGAAAAUCAACACAUUUUAAUGUUUUGCAUCCAGAAUGUUUGCAUAUGACUGUAAAUAUACAUGUUUAAGUCAAAGAAAAUUCUGCACUUUUCAAAAUGUUAGCAAAUGUGUGACAUUGAUGUUAAAGGAUUUGUACAAAAAGGUCCAAUUUCUGCAUUUUUAUGACUCAUGUUCAAUUGACCUUCAGGCUUUGAUCUACUUAUUAAGUGCUUUUUCAUAAACCUGUGGAGUUGCUUGAGUGCAAGCUCUCAUUUUACGUCUGUACAAUAAGAAAUUGCAACUGAAAGCUUUUGGGGAUAUUUUGCAUAUUUGUGCAAUGGAUCUACCCUGACAGUUCACACGAAAAUCAAUUUUAGAUCAUGAGCACACAAAUUAGUGCAGUCUAUUCCUCCCAAGUGAAAUACUUCUUCAUCUUUUCCAGUGCAGCUGCCAGGCCUAUUUUUAACCCCGUGACACAUGCAAAAGAAAUCUUUUUUCAGAGCCACAGGCUUUUUUCAGUGCCUGUGCCAUGUAUCUGUGUGGUGAAUGUGUUUGUAUUUUCAAAAUGUGUACAAAGUCAGAUCCCCUGACAAUCACUGCUGAUUGAUAAUUUAUUCAAAUGAGAUUGUAUCUUCAUCUUGGUGUUAUAAAUGUAUGUCUAGCAUAGAAUAUGUGUCUAUUCUGUUGGAUAAAAGAUAAUCAAAGCA